UGUGAUGUUAUGAUAUAAUUUACAGGGUAAGGUGGAAAUGUAUCUCUUGUGGAAACUCUAAACAUAAGAUUCUGUCACUUAGGGGGCUUCAGGCAGAGGAUUCUUUUUUCUAUAAUCAAGUAUUUAGCAAAGACAACAUGAAGCUCCUUGGACUGUUCUCAGUCGUACAAUCCAACCCUCCCUUACCUUUUUUCUUUUCCUUCUAGAGUAGUUUAGUUGCUUACCUACGGUGAUUCAAAAGUGAGGCAGUUUGGUUUAUCAUUGAUAUUCUGGUUUCCUCUUUAAUGGGGCUGGUCAUGUGGGCAAAGGGGCAGCACUGAGCUAUUUAAGCAUGCCUUUUGAGCUUUGCCCCUCCCUCAAGGAGUUUGAGAAGCGGAGAUGCGGGGCCUCAGAGGUGAUUUCUCUCGGGGCUACCAGCUGUAGGAUUCAGAACAGCUGGAUUCCUCUUCAGAGGCUGGACGCCCAGAUGCACAAGUGUGAGAGCCAGGGCGCUGUGCGGCCGGGGCACCGCAGCUUGAUUCUCUGAUCCAGCUUUCCCCUUCCUUUCCCUGCCCCACCCCCAAAGCGUCAGGGAUAUAAUAGUGUGAGGUUGGUGACAUGUUGAGGGCUGUCGGCAUAUUCCUUACUUAGGAGUCUUACUCUGAAUGCAUCUGUAAGAAAAUUAUGGGGAGGGUAGAAUCGUGAUUCUUUAUGUCAGCAAAAAGUGGUUAUCAGUUAAAAAAAUAAACACUAGAUUGAAAGUAGCAAUAACUGGAUUCCGCCGUCUCCCUCUGACCUUGAAAAAGAUCUAUAACUCGUCUGCAUGUCUCUUCAGUGGACCUGGGGUAAUAUGUGUUUCCUAGAGCUUCUGUGUGGUUGAGAUAACCUGCGGGAAGUGUUCUGAACUCCUUAAGGAAUGAUGUCAAGGAGACAAAGGCAAUGACUGUUAUUACUGCAAAGACAGCGAGGAGGCAAAGACAGAUCUGCAUUUUCUUCCUUAAUCUUCUCAUCUUUCCAGAUGCUUGUGGGUCCUUUUGAGUCCCCCUCUCUGUUCCUCAGGUUGGAGUGGCGGGGGGUUCCAUGCUUGGGUGCAGGAAGAAUGCCUUCUACCCCCUGACACUGUCUUCAGCAGGAAGACCUGUGUAGGCACCACCCUCUGGGUCAGGGGUGAGUGGGACCCCCAGCGCCCUGGGAGAGCACGGGAUCCGCAGAUAGAAGGCAUCUCUCCUCUGCAGGCCCAGGCUAGGCAGCCAUGGACGGUGUGCUCCUGCACCGCUUGCCUACUCCUCCUUCACACAGCCCAUUGCCUGGUGUCCAGGCUCCUCUGGUCGCCCUCCAUGACACAGGGAAGUGAAUCCAAAGAGGCCAGUGCUUCCUACCCGCCUGGAGUCGGGCCGACUGGGGACAGCUUUCGGAGCGGUCCGGCAGUGUGAGCCCAGUUGUUCCUGUGGCCAUCAGCCAUGUCCUUCAGCGCCACCAUCCUCUUCUCCCCUCCCGGUGGCGGCGAGACCAGAUGCUGCUGCUGCACCUGCAAAAGCGAGACCAGUGCGAGCAGCACGGGCUCCCAGGGCGGGAACCCUCCUGCCAGCACCCCCAUCACGGUGACCGGACACGGCCUGGCCGUUCAGAGUUCAGAGCAGCUCCUGCACAUUAUCUACCAGCGGGUGGAGAAGGCCGUGGGCCUGGCCGAGGCCGCUCUGGGGCUCGCCCGGGCCAACAACGAAUUGCUCAAACGUCUCCAGGAGGAGGUGGGUGAGCUGAGGCAAGGGAAAGCCUCGGCCCCGGAUGAAGACGGGGACGGCCGGGCGCACGGCUCCCCGCCCGAGGAGCCGGGGCCUCUCAAGGAGAGCCCUGCGGAGGCCUGCAAGGCGGCGGCCGUGGCGGAAGAGGAGUGUGACAGCGUGGGCAGCGGCAUGCAGGUGGUGAUUGAGGAGCUGUGGCAGGUGGGAGCCGCCUCGGCCGUGGGGCCCGGGCCCUUGGGCUUCCCGGCGGCGCAGAGAGACGCGCGGCUCCCGGGGUGCGCCCUGGCGGCCGGCGAGGCGGCCCCGCUGCUCAAUCCCCUGGUGGAUGAUUAUGUGGCCUCUGAGGGUGCAGUACAGCGGGUGCUGGUCCCUGCUUAUGCCAAGCAGCUCUCACCAGCUACACAACUGGCUAUCCAGCGGGCAACCUCAGAGACAGGGCCAGAAAAUGGAAGCAAGCUGCCACCACCCCGCCCCGAGGACAUGCUCAGUGCUGCUGCUGUGCUGGAUGGUGCCUUGGAAGAGUCAGGCCCCGGGGGAACAGGGGAGCUGAGACACUCUCUAGGGUUUACCGCUUCCCCAUGCAGGACCAGAGGGAGUGGGCAGAAGAACUCCAGGCGCAAGCGGGAUCUGGUACUCUCCAAAUUGGUCCACAAUGUGCAUAACCACAUCACCAAUGACAAGAGAUUCAAUGGGUCUGAAAGCAUCAAGUCCUCUUGGAAUAUUUCAGUAGUGAAGUUCCUUCUGGAAAAGCUCAAGCAGGAGCUGGUGACCAGUCCCCACAAUUACACUGAUAAGGAGCUGAAAGGAGCCUGUGUAGCCUACUUUCUCACUAAGAGGCGUGAGUACCGCAACUCCCUGAACCCCUUUAAAGGCCUGAAGGAAAAAGAGGAGAAGAAGCUUCGAAGUCGCAGAUACCGGCUUUUUGCCAACCGAUCCAGCAUCAUGAGGCAUUUUGGACCUGAGGACCAACGCCUGUGGAAGGAUGUGACAGAAGAGCUGAUGUCAGAUGAAGAGGACAGUCUUAAUGAGCCAGGUGUCUGGGUGGCCCGGCCUCCCCGGUUCCGGGCCCAGCGCCUCACAGAGCUCUGCUACCACCUGGAUGCCAACUCUAAGCAUGGCACUAAAGCCAACCGUGUGUAUGGGCCUCCCUCAGACCGAUUACCUUCUGCUGAGGCCCAGCUCCUUCCACCAGAACUUUAUAAUCCUAAUUUUCAAGAAGAGGAAGACGAGGGAGGUGAUGAGAAUGGACCUGUCUCCCCAUCCUUUGACCAACCCCACAAAACCUGCUGUCCUGACUUGAACUCAUUCAUUGAAAUCAAGGUGGAAAAGGAUGAAUGAAAUCUAUAACCAAGAAUAACUCUGGCACCUGCCACUCCCCAUGUCCCAGGGAUGGGUGGCCAUGGGGCUUCCCAGAUUAACAAGGUGUCCUCUGCAGUCUGAGAAAGCAAAUCUGUCUCUCUUCUUACCACAGUCCCCAAUGGAAGUGGAAGCUGGCAGCUGUGGUGGGGUAAAAAGACUUACCUAGAAGGGGGACCUCCCCGGCUCCCUGUGAAUGGCAAGCCAGAAAAUGCGUAUUUCUAAGCAUAAAUAGUGCCUCGGGGCGCCUGGGCUGAGGAAAGGAGGAGGAUGGGUCUAAGAAACAUGAGGCCUUUGUGACAUA